AUGUCAGCACAACUUCCCAAUUCCAGUAAAGACCAAAGUCAGCACUAUUUUGCAUGGCUUAUAAUGUUUAAGACUCAUAGAAAAAAAUGGACACUGUGGCUGUUGGCUUCUGUGCAUGAACCAAAGAAACAGAUUGGGAUUAUUUGCAUAUAUUGUAAGAAUCAUGGGGCAUUAUUAGAUCCGAAGCUUUUACGAGGCCGGAAAGGAAAAGAGAAAUGGAACGAGGUGAUGACGGUAGCAGAUUCGAGCGGCACCGGAGCGACGUCGUUUGCGUCGUCUCCUUCCUCUAACCUGCUUCCUAGCAACCUCCCUCUCGUCACGGCCUUCCUCGCCUUCGCUCUUGCUCAGUUUCUCAAACUCUUCACCAAUUGGUUUAAAGAAAGGAGAUGGGAUUCUAAGAGGAUGAUUGAUUCAGGUGGUAUGCCAUCAUCACACUCUGCCACUGUGACAGCUCUUGCAGUUGCUAUAGGUCUACAGGAUGGGACAGGAGGACCAGCUUUUGCAAUUGCAGUUGUCUUGGCAUGUGUUGUGAUGUAUGAUGCCUCAGGUGUCAGACUUCAUGCUGGUCGUCAAGCUGAAUUGCUGAAUCAAAUUGUGUGUGAGUUUCCUCCUGAACAUCCAUUAUCUAGCGUGAGGCCUCUGCGUGAAUUACUUGGGCAUACUCCCCUCCAGGUUGUUGCGGGUGCUUUAUUGGGAUUCAUAGUAGCUUUUCUGAUGCGGAAUUCUGGUUAGGAUGUUACGUAAACAACAUUGAUUCUUUCUUCUCAGUAAUGGGAUGGAGUACACAUCAGUCUUAACAAAGAUUGGAAGAAAGAGCUGGUGUCAAACUUAAGUUUCUAUUGUUGAAACCGUGUAAAGUGGAACUGAUUUCUGUUAACCGUGGACAUCACUUAUAUACUAUAUCUUUCACAAUUUGGAUUGUAUAGCUUUGCCAAUUCUUAGGAUGAGUAUAGUAAUGAAUAUCCUCCCAGACUUAUUCA